GCUGGUGGCGGCGCGGGCUGCGCGCGCCUCCCGGGCGGAUUCGGGCCCCGAGCGCCGGAGCGCGGCGGCGAGCGACGAGGUUUCUGUCUGUCCGAGCACACAGUUCCGGAUUCAGAGUCCAAGGAUGAACGUUCACCGCAGCGGGGACAGCGACAGGUUAUUGCGGCAGGAGGCUAGCUGCCUAGCGGAUGACACCUCAGCGGCUGCCCAAGAGAAAGAAACAAAUAGCCUGGCCUCACCCACUCUUCACAGUCUUCCUUAUCCCUUAGGUCCCAGAAAUGAAGAGCUUUCACUUGACCACGCCUCUCAGCCAGCACAUGUGCAGCUCUCUCACAUAAUGCCGCUUCCCGAAGACGCCAAAGGCUCCUGCUGCCAAGCUGGGAGCAAGCGGAACCAUGAACCCUUUAUUGCUCCAGAGAGAUUUGGAAACAGUAGUGUGGGCUUUGGUAGUAACUCCCAUUCCCAAGCGCCAGAGAAAGUGACGCUUCUUGUAGAUGGCACUCGCUUUGUUGUGAAUCCACAAAUUUUCACUGCUCAUCCGGACACCAUGCUGGGAAGGAUGUUUGGACCCGGAAGAGAGUACAACUUCACGCGGCCCAACGAGAAGGGAGAGUAUGAGAUCGCCGAAGGAAUCAGCGCGACCGUGUUUCGCACAGUGCUGGAUUAUUACAAAACUGGCAUCAUCAGCUGUCCUGAUGGCAUCUCUAUCCCAGACCUUAGAGACACGUGCGAUUAUCUCUGCAUCAACUUUGACUUCAACACCAUCCGAUGCCAAGACCUGAGUGCUUUGCUGCACGAGCUGUCUAAUGACGGUGCUCACAAGCAGUUUGACCACUACCUCGAAGAACUGAUCCUGCCCAUCAUGGUGGGCUGUGCCAAGAAAGGGGAGCGAGAGUGCCACAUCGUCGUGCUGACGGACGAGGACUCUGUGGACUGGGACGAAGACCACCCCCCGCCCAUGGGGGAGGAAUAUUCCCAAAUUCUUUAUAGCUCCAAGCUGUACAGAUUCUUCAAAUAUAUUGAGAAUCGUGAUGUUGCUAAAACAGUGUUAAAGGAACGAGGCCUGAAAAAUAUUCGUAUUGGAAUUGAAGGCUACCCUACCUGUAAAGAAAAAAUCAAGAGGAGACCCGGGGGGCGGUCCGAGGUGAUCUACAAUUACGUGCAGCGCCCCUUUAUCCAGAUGUCCUGGGAGAAGGAGGAGGGGAAGAGCCGCCACGUGGACUUCCAGUGUGUCCGCAGCAAGUCCCUCACGAACCUGGUGGCAGCCGGAGAGGACGUCCUGGAGGACCAGGAGGUCCUGAUGCACCACCCGCCCCAGGUCGACGAGCUCGACCGGCUGAAUGCCCCACUUUCUCACAUGGCUUCCAGUGACUUUCAGGACUGAGCCCGCUGUGGGCCCGCCGCCACCAGAGCUCCCGGGCCUGCCCUGGGCAGAGACCCGCUUCUCCUGGCCUCUCCAGUCUCCCAGAACGAACGUGUGUCUCCGGCCGGAGAUGAAGGAGCACUCACGUAACUACUGGCCAGCUUGGCAGCUGCCCAGCUGAUCUAAAACAGUGGGGCCUGGUGCUGCUCACUGGGUCUGCGUAACCACGGAAGCAGAGGAGUCGUCGGGGCUCCGCGCUGUCCUCCCCUCUCUGCUCUGUUCUUGGCUUCUGUUGGUCGUGUUCCACACCGGGCACACUGCUUAGCAGCAAGGACCAGAUGACAACCUCUGCCUUCUAAAGGCAGGCACUCGUGGGGUGCUCAGCGGAGCUCACGGAGGGCGCCCCCGGCUGCGUCCGUGGAGAACGUGGCUCUCAGAGGGGAUUCGUCCGAGCUGGAGUCCUCGUGAGUGCCGCAAACAGUCCGGAGCCACACAGACGGGCUCUCCGGCAGGAAGAGUAAGGGUGCAACUGUUUAUGAAACUUUUUUAGAUUCAGUUUUUCAGACUCAGUAAAUGGAUGAUUCAUUUGGAAUGCAACUCAGCUACAGGAGCGCGGCCCCACAUCGGGCCAGCUGGAUUAUUCUGGCUCGGAAGCUGGUGCGAAGCCACAGGUCUAGACACCCAAGGGCGGCCCGGUGCCGUGGGUGUGGCUCGGAGAGCUGAGCUGGGACUUAAACGCUUUCAAGAUGAGUGCAGCAGUUUUGUUUUAUCAGGAGUUCAGGGGCUGGGAGCCCCUGAGCAGGCUGGCCGCUGGCCGCCGGCUUGAACGGGAGGCUUCCCCCACAGCAGUGUUUCACCUGGGGAACUAGCCAGUUAGCCACUCACCUGGGAAGACCAGCACUGACGCCAUCGCCACGGGAAGGGUGGGCUGGGAGCAGACUGACCAGCUGUGGUGACUGCGGGAGGCGGCAGCCCGGGCACUCCCCGCCGCCGUGCCUCGAGGUCUCCAUGGCUGUGAACAGCAGAGCUAAGCCUCAGCCCGGGGCUCCAGACUGCGGAGUAUCUCCCACCCUGUGGGAGAAGCUGCCCCUCCGGUCACCUGCCUCAGCUGCACCCCUCACUGUGAAGAGACAGUUACCUGGAGUCUUGGAGUAAAUUCCAUUCUUCCAAGACACUGCAGGACAAGCUCCUUGAAUGGCCUGGCCCCAGGCCCCAAGGCAGCUGGGAAAGCCCCUCCCAGGCCCAGAGAACGAGGGGGGUGUUCAGGGCAUGCUCUGCGGGUGUGAGCAGGUCAGGGUGGACUCUGCUGUUGUCCCCGGGGAGCCGCGCCGCACAGGCAUCGAGGCUGGGGGAAAGGCUCGGGGUGCGUACAGGGGGUGGCUUUCUUUCUGUGAAAGCAGCUGGCUCGCCUUUGCGGUCAGACUCGGCCCUUGUCCUCGCCGGCCCCGCGUUCCUGCCGGGAGCGGCUGGGCAGCCUCGGCCGGGGCAUCACGGUGCUUCCGGUGCGCCUCGGUGGAUUUUCACUACCACCACAGAGGGCGCCGAGCUGUCAGGUUUGUGUGCCCUGUGACACGUGUGACUUCGGUGCCGGCUUAGGUCUUGUUAAACUGCGUGUCCGCACACACAGCCGACACCUCGGUUAGUGCUUACUUGGUGAAAUGUGCUUGAACCCUUGCUCUGUGUCACAAUUUCCUCAAGCUUUCUAGAACUUUACCCCCCGAAUUGGGUUAACAGGCUUUUGGCCCCAACCCUUGAGGUGACGGUGUGUCUCCUGGCGCCACCCAGUGGUGGCACCUGCAGGAACAGCCGGGGCCACAGGUUCUUUCUAAAGGAGGACAAUUUCUGCACCGACCCGGAGCUCAGCAUCACUGUAACUUGGUGGCCGCCCUCAGCCAUGCCUUCCCCGUUCCUGGGGUCAGGACAUCCCAUAAUGGCGAGGCCUCGGAGGGCUGCAGUCAUCCCCGUACGAGCCAGCUCCUAGCCAGAUGGGCAAGAGGCAUUUCUGUCCACUCAGAGGUGGGAUUGGGUUUGGUGUUCUAAGUGCCUAAAUAAGCGAGCUAGGUUGUUCAACCAGAAACACUUUGAUGAGAAAAUGGUUCUACCCAGGCUGUCGCUCAGAGCGCAUCUCAGCAGGCCAAGGCGCAUCAGAAUCUGGGGUUGAGAGUCUUGACUUUGUGUCUACAGCACAUCACGUAGUGCCGGUGAGGAAACGUGUUGUGGGGAACUGGAGAGGAAGCAGAGUGUUAACACGUGUUGGGUUAUUUCAGAUUUCUCCAAAGUCCAGGAAGAGAGAACAAUGACAGCAAAAUCUAUAAGGACCACAGAAAGCAGCUGCUAGAUUUACUGUGUAGUAGGCGACAGCCAGUACUAAUUUUAAACUGAAUUCCAAGAGUCCAGUGUGAUAGAGGAUGGAUACGGGUCUGUGAACGUAACUGUGGGAUCCAGCGUGGGCGGAGAGAUGUACUUGGAAAUAGUGCUCCAAAGCGUCUGAAAUCAGAUACCCAGAGCAAGGCUUCAAAAAUGCCAUCAUAAAGUCUUUUUUUUUUUUUUUUUUUUUAAUCAAGUGUCAGUAGAACGUUAAAAACCAAGGGACAUUGGCAGUUUGUUCAAUGCUACUUCUUGCCUCAUUUUGGAACUGUUCAAACAGGGAGAGGGAGCACAGCUGUGCUCUGGGCGGUCACCCCGCAGGGGAGCAUUUUCUCCUAAAGGCAAAAUGCCUGUAGGUUUUCUCUCUACGUUCUAUUUCGAAAGUUGCACUUGUUCACCUACCAGUGUUUACGAAAUCCUGUGUUUGGGAUUCUUUUCUAUAAUAAAAUAUUAUCAUUUG